AUGCACGAGGUCCCGCUCGCCUACGUCGAGAAGGAGACCGACGCGGCCUUCCGCGUGCGCUCCAAGCUCACGACAGUCCCUGCGCAUGCGCCCCCGAGCCGCGUCGAGAGCCUUGGCGGCGGCUUUGUCCUGCAGCACGACCGCUUCGUGAGCUACCGCGCCAUUGGCAAGCACGUGAUGCUCUGGGAGACGCCGGUGCAUGAGAGCAGCGCCGACAAGCCGGCGUCCGGCAAGGCGUCGCUCGCGAUCGAGCUGCCGGAGAGCGUUGCGCCGCAGGGCGUCCGCGUCUUCGAGUCGCUCGACAAGCAGUUUGUCUCGAUCUGCGUCGUCACGUGCGCCAAGACGAUCCACCGCUACUGCUACAAGAUCGAGCCGACGCUCUUCUCGACCGAGGGCCGGGACGAGGUCGCGUUCGCGAUGAGCGCGCUGCCGCUCCAGACGUCGAUCAGCGCCGUGUGCUGGCUCGACGAGUGCAACGUGGUCGUGGGCGGCGACGACGGCGCCAUGAUUGCGAUCAACGUCGGUCUCUCGAUCUUUGGCCACUCGCAUGCGUCGGUCCACGAAAUCGCGCUCACCGACCACCACGCCGCCGACGACGACGCCUUGGCCAAGGACCUUGUCGACUUGUCGCAGAUUGACGCGUUCUACAUGCAGCGGCUCGGCGCCCCGGGGCGCUUCAACGACGAGUGCCUCCGCUCGACCUUGUCGACGCUCGUGACGGGCCCGGCUCCGACGCUCGACGGCCACCGGCUCCGCCGUGCGCUUCUGGAUGCAGUGCACCGGCAAUGGUCGUUGCAGGACACCAAGGGUUCGAACCCGUAUGCCCUUCGCUCGACCGUGUGGCGCCACGUCCUCGCCGUUGCGACCAAGCACUGGGCGGCCGAGAACGUGCCUCUUGGUUUUGUGUCGUGCGACUUGCUCGGAUCGCCCGUGCUCUUGCGGCGCAACCACAUGUCGGUGUUCUUCCCGGCCACCACUUCGAUCCUCGGCGACCGCCCGGCGACGAUCGCCGACCUCUACGACUCGAUUCUUCUGCCUACGUUUGCGGCGUUGCCCACCGCGUCCUACUAUGCGUCGCUCGAACGCCAGUGGCAGUCGGACGUGCUCGAACUGGACGUCGUGACGUCUGUGACGCUUUUGGACGUUGUCCACGCCGGGCUUCUCGGCGACGGUCGCCAUGUCCCAAGCGUCCUUGCACGGACCGCCAGCGUGCUGUCGGGCGACGCGGCGACGCAAAUGGCGAUUUUCGAUGCCCUUGUCGCCCACGUUGCGCUGCCGAGUACCUCGGACGAUGCGAGCAUGGGCGCCCAGGACGUGGCUGCGACCGACCUCGCGCUCGCGCUCUACCGUAUGAGCGCCGUCGUCCUGCACGACAUGCGCGCCGCGGCCGCCGCCAGCGCGUGCUUUGUGACCUUUCUCCUCGAUGCGACGCCGUCGUUUUUGGCGGAAACGACGCUGCGUCAUCUGGAAGCGACCGUGCGGCCGGCGCUCGAGCAGUCGCUGGCCACGUGGUCCAACUUGUACUGGCUGUGCAGCCAGGUGCAGUCGGCCUCGGGCGCGCCCGUGCUGCAGCUGUUUGCGUCGUCGAUUCUGGACGAGAUUGUUGUCGACGGGGACCUCGGCGCGUCGACGCGGUCGUUCAUUGCAGCGAUCGCCGAUGCCGCCAAGUUGCUGCCGUUUCUGCAAAGCAACGGUCUCCACAGCGUCCUCCGCGUCGUCGUGGUCCGUGCGGUCGCGCGUGCGUGGGUCGCCGGUUCAAUUCCCGAAUCGGUGCUGGCAACCACGCUCCAUCACAUGCACUCGGCGUCGUUGUCGCUGGCGGCCAUCGAGACGGCGCUCGAGCUGCGCGUUGCGAUCCCAACGUGGCUCCGCGACAGUGUGGUGGCGACCGACGGGCCGCAGCUGCUCUCGCUUCUGCUCAAGCACGGUGCGCUGGACGAUGCGCUGUCGACGGCGGACGCACUUGUGCCUGCGACCGAGCCAUUGACGAUCGACUCGUUUGGCAGUUCUAGUACGUCAGUCCACACCUCGUGGCUGCCGAUGGCGCUGUUGGAUACGCUCUUGGCGUCGGCGAUGCAAGUGCCAGCGUUGACGGCGCAAGCCAAGGCGCUCGCGACCAAGGUGGAAGCGCACUUUCGGUAUGUAAAGGCGCUCGAUGCAGUCGUUCGCGUCUAG